AUGAUUGAGUCAAACAGUGAUAUUCGUUCAACACUUUUAAGUCGGGAUAAUGACGUUGAUUCUGACUAUGAAUUAGAACAAACACAACCGCCCACCGUCGAAAAAUUUAUUCAGAAUCGCCAUAUUCAAACACUGAAAUAUUUAAAGCAUGUAAUCGAUGAAAAUCGCCAGUUAAAAUUGCAAGUACAACAACUUCAAAGGCAAGUGUCACAACAAGAACUAGAAAACGAAAGUACUCAAACACUUAAUGAUCAGCUCAACUCAGUUUCGACACAACCUACACGACCUACUUCUCAAUCAACAAUUGUUGAUGAUCCUGUCAUUGAUUCACCUGUUGUAAUUAAUACCAGUACUAACGAUAAAGUUGUUGAAUUAGAAAAAAGACUCAUCUAUAGUGAAGAAGAAAAUGUUCAAUUGAAAAAACAAUAUGCAAUUAAUCGUGAUGAAUUCAGACGUGAAUUAGAUCGUGUUGAUGAACGUAAUACAUUGUUAGAAAAUGAAAAUCAAACAUUAAAACAACAAUUAGAAAAACAAGUACACCUCAAUGAAAAGAAAGAAAAUGAAUAUAAAGAAAAAAUAAUUGAAUUGCACAUUGGCAUUGAUAAACAACGAAAAGAACUAGAUGCCUAUGAUUAUUUAAAAACACGAACAUUAGAAAUGGAAAAAAAUUAUGAACAAUUAACAAAUUCUUAUCAGUUGAUGAAAGAAGAAAAUGAACGACAGUUGAAAACAAUUGAACAAUUCAAUAUUGAACAUAAACAAAUGAAAAAAUUAGUAACGAUCAAACAUGAAUACGAACGUUUGCAACAAAGUGUCAGUGAUUUAUAUUUAAUAAAAAAUGAGCAUAUAAAAUGUGAAAAACAGUUUUUAUCAUACAAAAAUGAAAUUGAAAUGUUAAAACGAAAAAUAGAUAUUGAAUGUGAUAAAUAUCAAGAUCUAUUCUUUGAAAAUAGUGAAUUGAAAGAGAAAAUUACAAAACUUGAACAUACAAACAAUGAACAAACACAAGUGAAUUUUCGAGAUUUUGUUAAUGUUAAACGAGAAUUACACGCGUGUAAAGGAGAAAAUGAACAGCUUAAAGUAGAUAUGGUCAGAUUAAUUAAACAAUAUAAUUUAAAUUGA